AUGAGUGGCAGAAGGGAUAAUCGCCGUUCGAACGGCCGUGACGACCGAGAUGAAGACCGAAAAGCGCCGAGAGAUACGAGAGAUGACAGGUAUUACUUAUAAGCUUCGUUUUAAUUUUUUUAAAAUAAAAAGCUGAAAUUUCAGACGUGGUGGAGGCGGAGCGCGCGCCGGUGGAGGAAGCGGAGGCGGCAGUAACAGCCAUAAUCAAGGAUCUCGUCAUGGAGGUUCAGAGAGAACAAUCGCCCCGGCUCAACAACCUUACGAAAGCCGUGGAUACGGAGGUGGAGGCGGCACGAGAUCCGGCGGAUCGUUCAAUGGAGUCGCGUUCACCGAAUCGCAGUUGAUGGACGAGGUUCCGAAGAAGAAGUUCACCGGAAGAUGCCGUCUAUUCGUCGGAAAUCUGCCGAACGAGGUCAAAGAAGCCGAGCUGAAGGAGUUGUUCUCGCCGCAUGGAGACAUAGCCGAGUGCUACCUCUCCGGAAAGGGAUUCGCAUUCCUUCGUCUCGUGAGUUUAUUUGUCAUCUGUGUUCUCUGUCAUUUUUACCCGUUGACUGUUUUACGCCGUUGCCUGUUAAACUAUGCGUAACCGAGGGAUUCCGCCUUCAGAUUGACACCGAGUAAUUCUUUAAAUGGACUUAUUGUGGACUGGCUGGAAAAUGGACUCGUUUACUGGACUAAACAACUAAAUUGUACUUACACAUCGUAACUGCACAGAGAUUUUUGGUGGACUAUAUUGAAACCUCAGUAGAGCCCCCCACGAUGUAAACAAACUUAGAAAAGCCCCCCACCAGUACAAAAAAGGUGGGAUGCUUUUUCUUGACGACGGGGGGUCAUACUUGAACGGUGCUGUUCAACAACCGCCCCCGCCAGUGCAAAGUGGCGACUUUUUCUUUAAGAACGUGGUAUUCUUAAAGGAAAACCCUCCACCCCUCCUCCUUUUCAACAGAGGACAUAUUCAAUCAGAGCCCCACACCAUUCAAAUACAGCCCUACACUUAGAAAAUCCCCCACUCGUGUUAAUCGCAUUAAAUAUCAGUCCCCCACCAUUCAACGAUAACCCCCCAUUCCAUUCAAUUAUAGCACCCCACUCAAGUACGGUUGGGCGUUUCUGUUUUAAGGUUAUCGAUCUGCUUUCAGCACUCUAAGCUGAACAGUAGGUGCUCUAUCAGCUUCUUAGUGCAGGCAAGGAGUGUCUGAUUCAAGUACUUUCGGGCGUUUUUGUUUUAAGGGUAUCGAUAUGCUUCCGAGGCGUUUUUUGAAUUAGGGGGGAGGGGGACUAUUUUUGAAUGUUCCCUAACUUGAAAGGAGGGGAAAGUUGUAAUAUGCGAUACUGCAUGGCUAGAAAACCAACUCCAGUCUAAUCAGAUCUCAGUUUUCCGAUUAAUUAUCCGGCUGGCCUUUCAUCGAUUUUCCGAACUCAGCACAUAUUCAAACGGUUUACGACAGGGUCUCCUGUCUCGUGGAACUGAGAGCACAAAAUGUUUUCUCACCUUGUCUUGUGCUAAAACUGUUUCUCUGCCAUGUGAAACCCGUUUUGACUACUUGUCGGAACCCUCUGGAUACCUGUAAGCUCAGUCAAUUUUUUUUAUUUUUAAUACUCUCAUGUACUCCUUCCCUACCCAUUUCUACAAUUUCUUUCUGUUCUACAUUUCGCCGUCUUUCACCCAUUCAAUUUUGUUCACAGGACACUCGUGCGCAUGCUGAAAGUGCAAAGGAAGCCAUCGACGGACGCAUCAUCCACGGCCGCCAAGUGCGUGUCCGAUUCGCUGUGCACGGAGCAGCCAUUCGAGUCAAAGAGCUCUCGCCGACUGUCUCUAAUGAAAUGCUGUAUCAUGCGUUCUCUCACUUCGGAGAAGUGGAGAGAGCUGUCCAUAUCGUCGAUGAAAAGGGAAGACCGACCGGAGAAGGAAUCGUCGAAUUCGAGAGAAAACCAAACUGUAACGAAGCGAUGGCGGCGAUUCGCGAGAAAGUGUUUUUGCUGACUGCGUGAGUAAAAGAGUUGAUGAGAGAAGAAUCGAGAGUGCCGUGACGUAGCUAAAGCCUCGUAUUGAAUUCCGAAAAUGCGCUUUCAUAUAUGCCACGUCGCAAAAUAAGUUCUCGGGCGCAUAAUUUAAUUGGACAGUGCUCCUUUCUAAGCUGAUUUCAUUGAUGAUAAAUCUGAGUUCGAGUAACAGGGGCACCAGACUGUCUUUCGUAAAGUAUUCCUUCAUGCUAGUUGCGAACCUUCGUACGCGAAUCUAUUUUGCGAGCAGGGCAGUUACUUAUCUGAUUCAUUCCGACUGCAAACCGAAUGCUUCUCUGUCCGAAUCUUUCUGUACUUAUCUGUUCUUUUCUUUGUCUAGGAGCCCGAAACCGCUCAUUUGUGAAGUGUUGGAGCCGAGAGACGAGGACGAUGGACUGGCCGAGAGAAUGAUUCCCAGGACCCCGGGACUCUCCAAGUAAGUUUGGCACAAUGGACUUGAAUUCAGCUGUCAUUUUACCAGUAGAAAACCAGGAUUUAAAACAUGACUUUCAUAAUACGACCUCACCAGAUUUAUAUUGGAUGCGUAAUUCAUACAGUGUGCUUUUAAGAUUUAUUGAGAUUGAGAUUUACAACAACAAAAACAUUAUAAUUCUUGGAACCUUCCUCAUUUUUCGAUUCACCGAUCCACCAAAGGUGGCAAAAUAGUGAUUAUGUAGCCGUUUUUUUUAACGAAUACUUUCAAAACAAUUAUUACUUCUCAAGGGUUUCCAGAGAUGUUUCUUGUUUCUAAUAAUCCCCAUUGUAUCAUCGUAUUUCGUAAUCUAGGGAGCGUGAGCUUGGACCUCGUUUCCCGGCGCAAAACAGCUUCGAAUAUGUGUACGGCAUGAAAUGGAAGGAAUUGUACGAUGUGGAGAAGAAGCGACGCCUUGUGCUUGAUGAAGAGCUCCGCGAGUCGCGUCGUCGAUUGGAAGCCGACAUGGAGCUCGCUUUCCAGGACUAUCAAGCUCAGAUGCUCAGAGAAGGUUCCGUUUCCAUCAUGUUUUCUCUUCUUUUCUUCUUGCAUGUUAUCUUAGUGCAUUAUAAUAUUUGGACUCGUUGCGAUUAGAGUUAAAACGGGCAAUACUAUUGCUGAUUAAAUUUUUCGGUAGUUAUAACUUCUGAUGCGCUAAUAAUAAGCAAACCACAAAUCGAAAAUAGCUUGUGGAAAGUUUCACUCGUUUGAUUGCUUAUUGUGUCCUGGAUUGCGCUCUCAUGCAAUUCACGCAAAUUUUGUACUUAUCUUUAAAACUGCAGAGACGUGGUCGCAUUUUCACUUAAAAUACAAAAAUUGAGCGGUAGCGCGCGAUUUCCUCAAAUCUGGGGCUUUAAAUAACCACGGGAUGUCAAGCACGACGGCAAAUACAAUUUAAAUUACCGUCAACGCAUUAGAUCAGUAGGUUGUCGCCAAUUUGGCUGCGUAGCAACUUGAAAGCGUUGCGGGACGGAGUUUCUAUGCUGGCGCUUUGCCUUUUUCGCAUAACGCGAAUGCAUCGGAAUCGUGCUCGACACUCCGUGAAUGACUCAAUUGUUUCGUUACUCAGGCAGGUUUCUUGAAAUUGAGUUGAAAAGUUGGUCUACCUUCUUGAGAUAUUUGCGUUUUAUAUGCAGUAAACUAGAGAAGACAGCGAAAUCGACGUUCCACUGCAAACUGUGAUUUGUUCUCACAUUCAUCCGUUCUAUAAUUUUCCUAAUACUCGCUCCACUGUUCCCUGUGAAAUCACUUUUUUUAGACCUCCAACGUCGACAACAGGAGCUAGAACGUCUUGAAGCGGCUCGUCGUGAACGUAUGCGUGGAAUCGGCGGACCGCCUGUCGGAAUGCAGCCACCAGGGCAACAAUUCCAUUCGCAAGGAGGUUUCAUGUCGGGAGGACCAAGUGGACCGGGAACCGGAGGACCGCCUCCGUUCGCUCCGCCGUUCCAGCAGCCUCCGCAAGGGAUGUUCGUCAACAACAUUCCUACCGGUGUUCCGCCGCCUUUGAUGGGCUCAGGAGGAGGUCCGGGACCGCAGGGAGGACCACCAACCGGAGGACCAGGCGGAAUGCUCCAGAAUCCGCACGGAAGAAGCAAUAUGAUUGAGGGAGUGCAGAGACUUCUUCAGAUUUUCAAGAGCGACAACGGACCGGGAGGAAUGCGUGAGUUGCAUUUUUCAACUAGACAAUUUCAAAAAUGUGUUAUUUUCAGAAGGAAAUCGUGACUUCGGAGCGCCACCCCCGCAAAUGCCAGGAAUCGGAAUGUUCGGAGGCGGCGGAGGAUCGUACGGAGGAGACGGAUAUCCGCCGGAGAAGAAGCGUCGUUGA